GAUAUGAUACUAAUAUUAUUAUAUUAGCAAAUGUAUUGUAAUUUAUUUUUAUUUUCUUGUAGAUUGUGCACCCGUACCUUACCCCUAUGUCUGUGAGAUGGAGCAGAGAUACAUGAAAACUUUUAAGCCAUACACGGACGAAGUUAAGGAUACAUUCAUCGAUGCGUUGAAGGUGCAGCUAAAAGGCAUGACCGUCCUGACAUAAUUAGCAGAGGUCGUGGAUGAAGACGAAGAUUUGGGUGGCCACCAUUAUGUUCCAAGUCCACCACGCGCUUGUGAUCAUGCUGGUUCAAGUGAACUCAAAACUUUAGCAAAUGCUUCUAAUGACAAUGACAUGUGCGAGCGCAUUGAUUUGCUCGAGAAAAGUCUAUUGGAUAUUGUUUAUUUUGUUAGAAGUGAGAGGCUGAGGAUAAUUGAGAAGGAUAUGAAGAAGCAACAACAAGAAGUGCACCUCGAUAGCCCCCCUCUUAGUCGGCAUCAAGUAAACCUCAAAGAACUUGCAGUCGCAGUGGUGGAUAUAACUGCAGCAGAUGAAAAAGGUGAAGAAGAAAAGAAAGAAAAAGAAACGGAAGAGGAGAAUGCAGCAGAUGAAAAAGAAGAAGAAAAAGAAAAAAAAAGAAAAAGAUGAGGAGAUGACAGCUGAAGCAGAAAAUGAGGUGAAAACAAAAGAACAUGGUGAAAAGAAAUCAUCAAAAGAAGAUAAAGACAAAAACGAGAAGGCAGUUUAAGAAGAAUUAAUGGUCGAACGGGAGGUUGAAAACAUUGAAGAAGAGAAGAAACAAUCAGAAGAAGAAGAAGAAGAGAGGAAAAAUGAGAAGAAAGAAGUUGAAGAAGAGGAGAAAAAACAGGAAGAAAAAGAAGUGAAUGUGAUGGGUAUUAUUACGGAACUCAAUCAAGAAAACAAGUAGUUUUGUGGAUUUGGA